CCGAAGCCCCUCUGACGUCAUCUUUCCGCGCCAGCUGCCCAAAGUGGAGGACGCCAAAUAAGCAUGGGACACCUUGGAAGCUUAUUUAUCUUGAUGUCUUUUACCACACUGCAUCAUAUUUCAGGUGCUGCAGGUCAUACUCCGCUUACCUGUCGUGAACAGCUGGAGUUCAGGUGCAAAGAUGGCUCGUGCAUCCUGAGGCAGAAGCUUUGUGAUGGACACAUCGACUGUGAGGAUGGAUCGGACGAACAGCAGUGUGGCGAGCUGCGGUGUAAGACGGAUGAGUUUUCCUGCCGCAGCAGCAGGCGAUGCAUCCCCUCACGCUCGUGGUGUAACGGCGUGGACGACUGCGGCGACAGAAGCGACGAGGAUUCCUGUCCGCGCUGCACCGCCGGCCUCAUCUCCUGCGGCCCGUCGGACGGCUGCCUGUCGGCACGCAAGCUGUGCGACGGCCGCGUGGACUGCAAAGACGGGCGGGAUGAGCUCCGGGAGUCGUGUGGUCUGACGCGAGCGCACCCCCAGAGCGCGCUCGCUUGUACAGCAUCUGAGCUGGAGUGUGGCGACGGCACGUGCAUCCCCCACAGCUGGAGGUGUGACAACAAAGCUGACUGCUCCGACGCCAGCGACGAAGACAACUGUGAGCAGAACGAGUGUCUGGUCAACAACGGAGGCUGCUCCCAUCGCUGUGUGGACACAAGGAUGGGCUUUCACUGCGAAUGCCCUGACCACAUGAGGCUUGUUGGGAGCAACCGCUGCGAAGAGGUCGACAUGUGCCUGGAGAGGGACGUCUGUGACCAGCUGUGCGUUCACACUGACGGCAGACUCGCCUGCGAGUGCCUCGACGGCUAUCAGAUGACCCCGAUAAGCCGAGAGUGCAAGGCCAAAGGGGUUGAAGCCCGCCUGCUUGUCUCCACACCUAAAGGACUUGUUCAGAUGGGCCUUGGUGGUGCAGCAUGCAGGACACUGACAGCGCAUGUGCCAGGACCUGGACCUGUGGCAGCCUUGGCCUCGAAUAACACACUGUACCUAGCCUGGCAAGGACAAACAUCCAUAUACAGGGUCAACUUAAAUGAAGCGGAGACAGAUGCUGCGUUGGUGCUGGAUGCUGCCAGCCCAGUGUUUGGCUUGACAGUGGACUGGAUCCAUCAUCUUCUCUACUGGACCAGUGUGGAGAGUGAUUCUAUCAAUGUCAGCUUGCUGGAUGGCUCCGCACGGCGCUCGCUCAUCACAGGACUGGACAAGCCUUGUGCACUCACAGUUGACCCUCUGCAUGGGCUGCUUUUUUGGGCAGAGUGUGGCAGCUCGCCAAGGAUUGAGAGGGCGAGCUUGGAUGUCCAGGACAGAUUGACCCUGGUCACUUCUCUUAUACGCCACCCGGUGGCUCUUUCUCUAGAUAUGCCGCGCCAGUUGCUGUACUGGCUUGAUCAGGGAAUGAGAAGCAUCUCCAGAGUGAAUCUGGAUGGGCGACACCGCAAAACCGUGGUUGAGUCAAACGGAUAUCUGGAUCGUCCGUUUGGCCUGGCAGUGUUUGAGGGUUUCUUAUACUGGAGCGACCAAGACACCCAGUCCAUCUGCAGAGCUAGCAAGCACAGUGGCAGCGACUUCCAAAUCCUUCCCACAAACGUCACCUCACCAGGCGGCGUUGCCAUCAUUCACCCCGUUCUUCAACCUGACAGCAACGCUGCAUGCGGCCGUCCUGGGUUGGUGUGCACGCACGGGUGUGCUGUCGACCUCAUUUCGGAGACUCCAAACUUUCGAUGCACCCCGCCUGACCUGGGGAGAAACCGAUCGCCAGACAUUCCUGCAGUUUCUCGCACCGGUCAUGCAACACGUUUAUCUGAUCCCGCAUUCGCCGGAAUCCUCUCGCUUAUUGUGUUCCUCGGUGUGCUGUUGGCGGGAACGGUUCUGUGGUGGUGGAGAGAGGAGUUCCGGCCCGCCAGGAAUCUCACAGCACAGAGCUUCUCCCUCAAAGAGUCCCGGGACCCGCUCAUCAAGGGUCCGCACGUGUCCCUCAACAAGGAAACUCUUAAGCUGGACUUGGACAAUGAAUGAAGACGCUGUGACACAGAUAACCGGACACCUUCGCCCCACACUUGUCACAAACCCCACGGUGACCUGCUGCGACUACCACCACCUGGCCGUGUCCCAGUUCUCUCGAUGGAGCCCCAAAAAGAACUGACUGUAUGUCAUUCGUACUUUGAUUUUGAAGGAAUAUUGCGUUCCGCUUUUGUGACUUGACCUUGUUUUCGGGUGUUAUUUGGAGAAGUCGAGUGUGUUCACGCCUAAAAGCGAAACGAGCACUCCAGUGUGUCCUUUCAGAAAUGGCCUCACAGCUUCAUUUCCACUAUCGUGAAGCUUUUUGUUGAACAACUUCAUAGGCUUCAGCCAAAGUUCUCAUUUUGAUGGAUGCGGCCGUUGGGUACUUGAACACAUUUGAAGUUACACAAAACAUUCUUUAGUCUCGUCACGUGAAGUAAAACUGGAGACAAAAACUUCCAUUUAAUGUUUUUGGGUUGUUUUUUGUUUUCAAUAGAAUUAUUUUUAUACAUCCUCCAAAGCAGCGGUGCCUUUUAAUCUUGAAUGCAGACAUUCUUUAACUGUUCCUAAAAUAGGAUUGGUGGUCUGCCUCCCCAUCUCUUGCGACUACUACUGUAGAUAGUGUUUGUGUACGGAAUAACGUGGUGAGAGGAAGAGGAAGUUUUCAGUUUCUUCUGGUUUUAGGUCAACUGACAGCAGAAAUGCCUUGUUUCUUUCUGCGUAUGAGCGUAGUUUUUUUUUGUUGUUGUUUGAACGUUGCUAGUUUGAUUGGCCUGAUCCUGUCUGCACAGAGAAACAGAUUGUAGUGUGCUGUGUUUUGUAUUUAUCAAAAGCGAGGCUUUUAUUUAUUAUGGCACUUUGGUAUUUAAACCAUGGAUGAAACUGACUGUAAAGAUAGAAUCAAAGGUUUGUUUUUUUGUUUGUUUUUUUUUUCUCCCCUUGGUUGUUUAGCUCCGCAUUUCAUUCUGGUUUGUUUAAUCCUCCACUCACUUCCUGGAGCAAAAUGAGCUGAAUCUUUGUUUGAAUGGAAUCCACCCACUCUCUGGUAGCUUUUCUCUUAUCUGUCAGAAAUGUCCUUGUAUGACCGAGGGCGCCGACCCUAUCUUGUGGGGUGCCUCAAGGUUUGGAUGUGGGACCAAAUUUAUUUGCUCUCCUCUAGUUUCCAAUCAGUAAACUGAGACAAAUGUCUGCUGUUGUUAUCUGUUUUUUGUUUCAAGAUGACCGUGAAUGUAGUUUAUAUUAAAUUUGUCUGUCUUGCCAAUAACUUAGACGGUGGGACACAAACAACAAACUUUCAAAAAAAUAAAAAAAUCUUCAGCUCUUCCGAGACUUUCACACACACACACACACACACACACACACACACACAUCUUGUUUCCAUCCUUUUAACUUGGAAUGAUUAGCCAAGGUUUUGUUUUGUGUGUUUUCUUUUAAAAAUAAAUCUCACGUCACCCUG